AUGAGCAAUCUUGCCCUAUGGCAUCAGCAGCAGCGGCUAACGCAGUUCCGGUGUCAGCAACAUCAGGCUCCGUCACGAGCUUUGACCUUCAGUGAUACCAGAGAACAGGGUACUCCCUACUAUGUUCCGGCCCCAUCAUACAGCAGUCAUCCUCCUGUGCCUUUGGUAGAAAGGACUCCUUACCAGCAGUCCUUUCCUUCUGGUGAACUCAGUGGAUUCGAUUCCCAUUGGCGGUGGCAGCAGCAGCAGCAGCAAGACGUUGGUGUUCCUCCCUUCUAUCAUCAUCAGUUCGGCCAAGAGCAGCAGCAGCUGACCUCCCAUCAUUUCCUUCCACUACGUGAGCACGAACACCAACCUCCUUAUCACUAUUCUGCUAGUACUGGAGUCGCCCAGCCACACUGGCAGCAGGAUUUGGGGGGACAAACUCAGCUGAGGGAGCAAAAUCUGCAUGCCCUUGUUGUUCAGCAACAACAGAGAAACCACGAACUCCA